UAACACGUUUCCACUUCGUCUCCUCGGACUUGAGAAGCCGAAGACAGAGAUAGUCGGCGGAGGAGGAAGAGGAAGAAGGACUCUAGCGAAGACUGAGAAUGGAAAGUUUGGACUCUAGUUUUCCAGUGCGCCAUAGAAAGGUCUUACUAGAAAUUAAGGGAAACAAGACAGAGAUUGUCAUCUGCAGCUAUGAAGAUCAUAUCCUUGUGAUAGCAACACAGAUUGGAGCCAUGGGAACUAUAUUGAACGCAAGGAAAGAAGAAGGGAUGUCUGUUGAACCAACCUUUAGUGUCUCAGUGAUAUUCGGAAAGCGAGAUGAGCCAAUGCUGAUAGCAACUGCUAGAAGGCUCAUUGACCACAUAAGUUCUUAUGUUCCCUCGAAGCCUCUGGUCCUCUCACUUGGUCUCAAAGAUCAUUCUUCGGAGACGUUGAAGGAAAUAGUAGCGGCCGUGAUCGAGAAUCGACUUUGGUAAUGCAUUUUUAAUCCCGUUGUAAGGAUAACGAGAAGAUGUUUUUUUCUGUUUUGCUCUUGGUUGUUUAUAACCAGCGAGUUGUGGUGGUAAUGGUAAUCCAACAAUAUAUAAAAGACCUUGUUUUACAAGUUAAUCCACCUUAGUCA